CACAGCUACUGUUUCGAAGAGCUGCAAUAGUAAAUGGACAUAUCAUCCGUAGCCAUUCUGGAUUAAGUCACUUUGGCUCAAGCGCUCGACCGAGCUUGCCUCAAGCCUUGACUCCUCAAAGGUCCACAAACACAUCUUUCGCGUGGGUGGCUCUGCCUGCAUGCCUGGAGUUUCCAUGCUUGCACAGUCGUUUCUGUUGUGCACCAUUGGCCUUUUCUGCACGUGUUCCGUGCUCGCAGACACGCAGAUCGGCGGCGAUUUUCACAUCAGGAGUGCGCGCUGGCCCGACCACUAUCUGGAUGUCGACUGGAGCGGCACCGUCGAGUUCACGACGAACCCGAAAGACGACAAGACGGUCUUCACCCUGUGGCUGCCGUCGUCGGAGGCCCAGCAGGCGAACCCGAGAUACCUUAUCUACUCGAAAUGGUGGGACGAUUCGACGCUUUUCAUCAAGGAGACCGCGUACGCGGGCGGCGUGCGCCACGAAGCCUGGUGCGACACGGCUUCCGGUGAUCUCUCGUCGAGCGGUCUGUACCUCGUGAGGGCGCCGGUGGAGUCUCCUACGGAGAAUCGGACGCUCGUGAUGUUCGGGAGCCCCAAGUAUGCGUCGAUGUAUAUGUGGUCCGGCAAUUCGUACGACGUCCGCGCGAGGGAGGACGAUCCUGGAGCUGGUGGCUACUGGUGGUUUGAUCCUGCGUUGCCAUUGGAAUUCCAGGAGGGCUUGCCCGACUACACGGGGGCCCUCUGCUCAUGGGGUUGUGGGGAAGUUUCCGAGGAGGUGGGGCUUGCGAUGUGUGCAGGCCCAUCUGGCAUGUUGACUGCCUUCGCUGGCCUGGUGCUGUUGCUCGGAGUCUUAUCUUAGGUGACAGCACGAGCAGCAGUAUUGCACUGAUGAGAUCGGAAGUACAUGCUGUCAAGAGCUCAACCCACAUGUUGGUUCAAAGAGCUGCAGUCUCUCCAGGUCUUCGCCUGAAAUUGUCUUCAGAAGGCGCUAUUAGGGGCUGGAAUAUUUGGUUUCGUCAUGCGCGCGGAUAGGAUGGGGGAUCAGGAGAUGUGGUGGGAGCGACCACGGGAGUGCAGCAGCAGCCCAGGAGCGGCG